AUGUGGUUAAUCUUAUGGUUGUUUCUACUACGAAAUAGUAUUGGAGUAGAUAUAUUUGAUAGUAGAAUAGAUAGAGGUGAAACAAAUCUUGAACUUGGUCGAUUUACCAUUGGAAAUGGUGCAUAUUGGUCAAUUGUGGAUGUUCCAAAAUUCAUAAUAGGUGGUGCUGUUACUGUCAAUCCACUAUCGGCAUUAUACGUUACCAAUACAAAUAAACCAUUAGCAUUUACUUUUCUUGGACCAUUUAUGUCCUUAACUAAUUAUGGAUUAGUGAAUUUCGAUACUAGACAAGUUUCAGAUCUUUGUGAAAUUAGUUUUGCAGUUGAUGGGCUUUAUAAUGAUGGUGAUUUGAUCUUUAACGUGCAAGGUGGUAAUUCAUCAAUUGCUAUAAGUACAGUUCAUUUUGAAAAUAGAGGUGUUAUUGCAUUGCAUCAAGAAUAUUUAGGUGCUGCAACUUUUGAUAUGUUUGUAUUGCGUUCUUUUGCCAAUAAUGGCUCCUUUUGUAUGAACAAUGUUGAUUACGAACAUACAUCUGAAACUGAAGGUAAUGGAUGCUUUGUAUUACAAGGAAAUUCAAAAAUUCACACGAUUAGGUCUCAUGCGUUUGGACUGCAAACAAUUGUCUUUACUGGACCAAAUUGUGUAUUAAAAUUAGCUGGUGUGUUGAAUGGAGAAGUAGUCAAGGUCGCUGGUUUUGGUAAUGGAAAUGUUAUUUAUUUUAGCAAAGCCUUAAACGGAGUUUUUGGUUCUUGGUCUUAUAGCUCUUCGACCGGAAUAUUAUCCCUCAAAACUAAUGAUUUAUUUUCCUUCAAUAGAGAAGUAAAUAUUGGCCCCGGUUAUACGGAUGCUUAUUUCAAAUUAAUAGAUUAUGACGAAGGAACUAGUAAUGCAAUCAUAUAUAAUGCUCCUGUUCCUGCUGCUGCAAAUAAUGGCAAUCAUUGUCUACCAUGUGGUGAAAUUGUCGAUCCUCCCGGUACUGAACCAGUUGCAUAUGAAGAAAAUGGUAAUUUGGUGAUUAUUGACGAAGAUGAAAAUGGUAAUUGGUAUACUAGUACUGAAACUUUCAAAGCUGCUGAGACCAGUACAUUAGAAAAUGGAGAGGUGAUAAAAUUAUACGAAACAGUGGAAAAUGGUGAGAUUAUAACUAAAACUGAAUAUGGCACUGUGCCAAUUAAAACUGAAUUUGUCACUGUUUUUGUCAAUUAUUUGGCUGGUGGUUAUCCAAUUACUGGAACUGGUAUUUACAAAGUCGAUGUUGAUGAAAAUGGUAAUUAUUAUACUCAGACUAUUUCUUUCACGGAACCAUCUUCUACAACUUAUAUGACUCAUUCUACAAUAACUACAUCCGAAACAGAAUCUAUUUUACAAACUUAUUUGGUUUUUGUUUCGACUAAUAACGCAAGUUCUUGGGUAACAGAAUCUUCAGCUGUACAAAUUCAAAGCACUUCGACAUUUGCAGUUCUUUACACAAGUUAUAAUUACUAUACUUAUCAAACAAUAACAAAUACGGCUACAGUUGUGGCAUACGUGUAUAAUGACAAAGAAUACUAUUAUUCAACAUUAGAUUCCAAGAAAUUGACACCAACGAGUUAUACGACCGUUGUUGAAACAUUCGAUAAUCUUUGGCAAAAAACCACUGAAACAUUAUAUAUCAAAGUUGAUCAAAAUCAGUAUGGUUGGUAUACUUCAACAUCAACUGUUUCCAGUAAAAUUUCAAUGGAUUAUAUUUUGGAUAUGCUUAUAGAAGAGGAAGAUGGAUCUAGUAAUUUGGAGCAAUUCAGAAUACUCGUAUAUGCAAACGAUAAUGGAGAAUGGUUUACCUCUUCAGCUCCAGUUCAACCAACAUCAACUGCUUACUUAGAUUGGCAAUUUGCGCCAGAAAGAACAGAUACUUUUUCAGUUGGACUAGUUACAGUAUUUACAAAUUCAAAAGGAACAUGGACAACUGAGACACAAGACGUGAAGAUUACUCAGAUUUCCACUGGACAUACUAGAAUUGACUUUGAAGAUGAUUUUAGAGAUAUUAUAAUUCAUUCAUAUGGUUUGGAUAACGGAUUAUGGUUAGAAUCAACUGAAUUUUUACCUAAUCCAUUUCCAACAACUUAUAUUACUCAAGAAGAAGAUAAAGCCUAUCAAGUUGUAGUUACAUCAAAUAUAGAAAAUUGGUGGCAUACAAUCUCAAGUGAAUUGGAGGGAACUGAUAUUUCGACUUUAAUAUUAUCUACGAUAGAUCCAGAUGUUUUGAACUCAAUUAGUGAUGAGAUUAAACAGAGCUUUGCAUCUGUUAGUCCUCAGAUGUCUGGAAUAAAUAUGAUUUCAAAUUUAGUAGCAUCAAGUACCAUUGAUCAAACUGAAAAUGUAACAAUUACAAGUGAUGAUUUAAUAACAGGUCCACCAAAUACAGAUAAGGCAGAAGCUGAGGAAGAGUUUUUGAAAGUUAAAGAGGCUAAUGAGCGAUUAGAUAAUACUGAAGAGUUACAACAGAUUGAAGGACGAAGUGAAGAAUUUAAAGGAUUUGCAAAUAUUGGCGAGGAAGAAGAAAAGGCUACAAUAUCAAACGAACAAUCAGCAUCAACAAUAAAUAACUCAGAUAGAAUAGAAGCAACUGGUUCUGGCUCCUCCACGAUUUCUAUUAUAAAUUCUUCCACAUUUACCAGUACCUACGUCAGUUAUAAUGUAUAUCCUUAUGAAACAGUGACAAAGACUGCCACAAUUGUGGGAUAUUUACUCAAUAAUAAUGAAUAUUCAUACUCAACAUUAUUACCACCAACACCAACCCCCACAACUUAUUUGACUACCGGUUAUACUUAUGAUAGAUUAUGGAAUGCAUAUCCCCAAACCUUGCUUGUUGUAGUUGGUCUGAAUAGUUUUGGCUAUGCAACUUGGACUUCAACUGUUACCAACCCAAUUUUAAUGGAAUACACAAUGAAUGUUACCACCGAUGAUGAUCAAGGAUUACAAACUAUCAAUCAAGUCAAAGCUUUGGUGCAAAUUAAUGAAAAUGGGGAAUUACACACAAUUCUUGAACCAAUCUCAACUGCUUCUAUUAGUUUUGAUUCGGAGACUACAGCAAGUAAUUUGGGAAGUGUAACAAGUAAAUCUGAAAUUGGGGAAAUAGCUGAAGAAACAGAGAUUGCUGUGCAAGUUUCCGUCGAUGAGAAAGAAAACGAAGAAAACAACGAAGCUAAUGGAUCAAAUGAUAGUGAUGGUUUUGGAGAAGAUCAAGAAAAUGACAAUAAUAAAUCUACUCAAACCAAUAAUUUAACCGAAACUAAUGAAAUUGCAGAAAAUACAGGAGAGAUUGAAGAAUUUAAAGAAUUUGAAAAUAUUGACGAGGAAGAAGAAAAGGCUACAAUAUCAAACGAACAAUCAGCAUCAACAAUAAAUAACUCAGAUAGAAUAGAAGCAACUGGUUCUGGCUCCUCCACGAUUUCUAUUAUAAAUUCUUCCACAUUUACCAGUACCUACGUCAGUUAUAAUGUAUAUCCUUAUGAAACAGUGACAAAGACUGCCACAAUUGUGGGAUAUUUACUCAAUAAUAAUGAAUAUUCAUACUCAACAUUAUUACCACCAACACCAACCCCCACAACUUAUUUGACUACCGGUUAUACUUAUGAUAGAUUAUGGAAUGCAUAUCCCCAAACCUUGCUUGUUGUAGUUGGUCUGAAUAGUUUUGGCUAUGCAACUUGGACUUCAACUGUUACCAACCCAAUUUUAAUGGAAUACACAAUGAAUGUUACCACCGAUGAUGAUCAAGGAUUACAAACUAUCAAUCAAGUCAAAGCUUUGGUGCAAAUUAAUGAAAAUGGGGAAUUACACACAAUUCUUGAACCAAUCUCAACUGCUUCUAUUAGUUUUGAUUCGGAGACUACAGCAAGUAAUUUGGGAAGUGUAACAAGUAAAUCUGAAAUUGGGGAAAUAGCUGAAGAAACAGAGAUUGCUGUGCAAGUUUCCGUCGAUGAGAAAGAAAACGAAGAAAACAACGAAGCUAAUGGAUCAAAUGAUAGUGAUGGUUUUGGAGAAGAUCAAGAAAAUGACAAUAAUAAAUCUACUCAAACCAAUAAUUUAACCGAAACUAAUGAAAUUGCAGAAAAUACAGGAGAGAUUGAAGAAUUUAAAGAAUUUGAAAAUAUUGACGAGGAAGAAGAAAAGGCUACAAUAUCAAACGAACAAUCAGCAUCAACAAUAAAUAACUCAGAUAGAAUAGAAGCAACUGGUUCUGGCUCCUCCACGAUUUCUAUUAUAAAUUCUUCCACAUUUACCAGUACCUACGUCAGUUAUAAUGUAUAUCCUUAUGAAACAGUGACAAAGACUGCCACAAUUGUGGGAUAUUUACUCAAUAAUAAUGAAUAUUCAUACUCAACAUUAUUACCACCAACACCAACCCCCACAACUUAUUUGACUACCGGUUAUACUUAUGAUAGAUUAUGGAAUGCAUAUCCCCAAACCUUGCUUGUUGUAGUUGGUCUGAAUAGUUUUGGCUAUGCAACUUGGACUUCAACUGUUACCAACCCAAUUUUAAUGGAAUACACAAUGAAUGUUACCACCGAUGAUGAUCAAGGAUUACAAACUAUCAAUCAAGUCAAAGCUUUGGUGCAAAUUAAUGAAAAUGGGGAAUUACACACAAUUCUUGAACCAAUCUCAACUGCUUCUAUUAGUUUUGAUUCGGAGACUACAGCAAGUAAUUUGGGAAGUGUAACAAGUAAAUCUGAAAUUGGGGAAAUAGCUGAAGAAACAGAGAUCGCUGUGCAAGUUUCCGUCGAUGAGAAAGAAAACGAAGAAAACAACGAAGCUAAUGGAUCAAAUGAUAGUGAUGGUUUUGGAGAAGAUCAAGAAAAUGACAAUAAUAAAUCUACUCAAACCAAUAAUUUAACCGAAACUAAUGAAAUUGCAGAAAAUACAGGAGAGAUUGAAGAAUUUAAAGAAUUUGAAAAUAUUGACGAGGAAGAAGAAAAGGCUACAAUAUCAAACGAACAAUCAGCAUCAACAAUAAAUAACUCAGAUAGAAUAGAAGCAACUGGUUCUGGCUCCUCCACGAUUUCUAUUAUAAAUUCUUCCACAUUUACCAGUACCUACGUCAGUUAUAAUGUAUAUCCUUAUGAAACAGUGACAAAGACUGCCACAAUUGUGGGAUAUUUACUCAAUAAUAAUGAAUAUUCAUACUCAACAUUAUUACCACCAACACCAACCCCCACAACUUAUUUGACUACCGGUUAUACUUAUGAUAGAUUAUGGAAUGCAUAUCCCCAAACCUUGCUUGUUGUAGUUGGUCUGAAUAGUUUUGGCUAUGCAACUUGGACUUCAACUGUUACCAACCCAAUUUUAAUGGAAUACACAAUGAAUGUUACCACCGAUGAUGAUCAAGGAUUACAAACUAUCAAUCAAGUCAAAGCUUUGGUGCAAAUUAAUGAAAAUGGGGAAUUACACACAAUUCUUGAACCAAUCUCAACUGCUUCUAUUAGUUUUGAUUCGGAGACUACAGCAAGUAAUUUGGGAAGUGUAACAAGUAAAUCUGAAAUUGGGGAAAUAGCUGAAGAAACAGAGAUUGCUGUGCAAGUUUCCGUCGAUGAGAAAGAAAACGAAGAAAACAACGAAGCUAAUGGAUCAAAUGAUAGUGAUGGUUUUGGAGAAGAUCAAGAAAAUGACAAUAAUAAAUCUACUCAAACCAAUAAUUUAACCGAAACUAAUGAAAUUGCAGAAAAUACAGGAGAGAUUGAAGAAUUUAAAGAAUUUGAAAAUAUUGACGAGGAAGAAGAAAAGGCUACAAUAUCAAACGAACAAUCAGCAUCAACAAUAAAUAACUCAGAUAGAAUAGAAGCAACUGGUUCUGGCUCCUCCACGAUUUCUAUUAUAAAUUCUUCCACAUUUACCAGUACCUACGUCAGUUAUAAUGUAUAUCCUUAUGAAACAGUGACAAAGACUGCCACAAUUGUGGGAUAUUUACUCAAUAAUAAUGAAUAUUCAUACUCAACAUUAUUACCACCAACACCAACCCCCACAACUUAUUUGACUACCGGUUAUACUUAUGAUAGAUUAUGGAAUGCAUAUCCCCAAACCUUGCUUGUUGUAGUUGGUCUGAAUAGUUUUGGCUAUGCAACUUGGACUUCAACUGUUACCAACCCAAUUUUAAUGGAAUACACAAUGAAUGUUACCACCGAUGAUGAUCAAGGAUUACAAACUAUCAAUCAAGUCAAAGCUUUGGUGCAAAUUAAUGAAAAUGGGGAAUUACACACAAUUCUUGAACCAAUCUCAACUGCUUCUAUUAGUUUUGAUUCGGAGACUACAGCAAGUAAUUUGGGAAGUGUAACAAGUAAAUCUGAAAUUGGGGAAAUAGCUGAAGAAACAGAGAUUGCUGUGCAAGUUUCCGUCGAUGAGAAAGAAAACGAAGAAAACAACGAAGCUAAUGGAUCAAAUGAUAGUGAUGGUUUUGGAGAAGAUCAAGAAAAUGACAAUAAUAAAUCUACUCAAACCAAUAAUUUAACCGAAACUAAUGAAAUUGCAGAAAAUACAGGAGAGAUUGAAGAAUUUAAAGAAUUUGAAAAUAUUGACGAGGAAGAAGAAAAGGCUACAAUAUCAAACGAACAAUCAGCAUCAACAAUAAAUAACUCAGAUAGAAUAGAAGCAACUGGUUCUGGCUCCUCCACGAUUUCUAUUAUAAAUUCUUCCACAUUUACCAGUACCUACGUCAGUUAUAAUGUAUAUCCUUAUGAAACAGUGACAAAGACUGCCACAAUUGUGGGAUAUUUACUCAAUAAUAAUGAAUAUUCAUACUCAACAUUAUUACCACCAACACCAACCCCCACAACUUAUUUGACUACCGGUUAUACUUAUGAUAGAUUAUGGAAUGCAUAUCCCCAAACCUUGCUUGUUGUAGUUGGUCUGAAUAGUUUUGGCUAUGCAACUUGGACUUCAACUGUUACCAACCCAAUUUUAAUGGAAUACACAAUGAAUGUUACCACCGAUGAUGAUCAAGGAUUACAAACUAUCAAUCAAGUCAAAGCUUUGGUGCAAAUUAAUGAAAAUGGGGAAUUACACACAAUUCUUGAACCAAUCUCAACUGCUUCUAUUAGUUUUGAUUCGGAGACUACAGCAAGUAAUUUGGGAAGUGUAACAAGUAAAUCUGAAAUUGGGGAAAUAGCUGAAGAAACAGAGAUUGCUGCGCAAGCUUCCGUCGAUGAGAAUGAAAACAAAGAAAGCAACGAAGCUAAUGGAUCAUAUGAUAGUGACGAUAUUGGAGAUACUGAAGAAUCAAAAGAAAUAGAUGGUACAAAAGAUAUUGAUGAUGCAGAAGAUACUGAAGAACCAGAAGAUUUUGAAGAUGCAAAAGAUAUUGAAGUACUUGAACCUAAGCAGACUGAUGAUACAAAUGAAGAAUACAAGAUAGGAAAAACAAACGAUUUGGACGAGUUGAAAGAAACUGAACUACCAGAUGAUAGCGAACAAAUAAGUGAAUCAAACGAAACAGAAAAUUCCUCCGUAUACAUUGAAAGUACUUCGUCAUUUACCAGUAUCUACGUCAGUUAUACUGAAUAUCCUUAUGAAACAGUGACAAACACUGCAUCCGGCUUAGCAUUUAUAUAUAAUAAUGGUGAAAUUUCGUACUCGACAUUUGAAUCUAUAGCAUCAACCGCAGAACCUACGAGUUAUACAACAAUCAUUGAGUCGUAUAAUAAAUGGUGGAUGAAAACUAGUCAAACCUUACUUAUUGAAAUUGAUCUGAAUGAAAGUGGCUGGUACACGUUAACUUCAACUAUAAGUUCUCCAACCUCAACAGAGUAUACAACGGCUAUUUCUUCCAUAAAUGAGGAAAAUGAAGAAACGAUCGAACAAUUUAGAGUUGCGGUAAAAACAAAUGAAAAUGGGGAGUGGUUUACAAAGUCGGAACUUAUUGAAUCAUUAUCAACGGGUAAUUCUUUAGUGUUAGAAACAGAAAACGUUAAUUCAAUCUUAGAAAGUGAAAAUCUUGAUACAGACAUUAAAAGUACACAAAGCAUUGGAAUUAAUUCCGAAGAUGAAUUAAAUAAUAUAUAUGGAUCUAGUGUUACAAAUAUUGGUGAAGGAGAAGGUGAUAACACUGAAUCUGGUGACUUUGCACAUUCUUCAGUAGAAUUUAAUUUUGGUGGUAAAGAAAGCGAUGAGACCUCCAUCACGGAUGAUAAAGCAAGCAUGACAGGGGAAAACUCGAAAGCUACUGAAUCUCAAGAUUUUGUUGAUGAGGAAAUUGAUGAUAUUAAGUUGACUUCAGAAAAGUCAAUUGAGCUGGUUGAUAGUGCCAAAGGAGAUAUGGCAGGUAACUUGGUUUCUGAAUCUGACGAUAAUAUUAUGAUUUCGGAUACUAUAAAAACGAUAUCAUCUAUAAUAGGGCAAGUUUCAACCGAAGCUCAUAUAAUUUAUACAAGUGAUGAUGUUAAAAUUACAGAAAGUUAUCAAUUUGAAAGCAUGACUGCAACUAGUGCCGAUACCUAUGAAGCAACUACACUGAUAUUCACAAAUGAAGAAGAUUUACUGUUAUCUUUUAUUGUGACAUUAUUGCCAGGGCCAAUAUCUCUAGUUAACGUAUCUUCCACAUUCAUACACACAUCAAUGUUAUCCACAAAUUAUGAAACUAAAACUAUUGAAUCAGCCUAUACAUACCACAGUAAUGUGUCAAAUACUAUACAGCCAAUUGUAAGUUCUGUGAUUGAAACCAUAAUUGAAGAAAUUGAAACUACAGAAAUAUCAACAAAAACUACAAUUGAAAAAGACUAUAAAAAUGACUUCAAGAGCUCACAAGAGUUGAUUUCAAAUGGAUCAAAAAGUGACAUGGAAACAUUCCAAAAUUUAGCAUCAAGUGAAUCAACUAAUGCUCUAAAAUCCGCUCAAAGCCAGGCAUCAAGUGAGUCUAAUAUCGAAAAUUCUCAUGAUUUAGCUCCAACAGAAGUAUAUUCCAUACUUACUACGUCAUACAGUAGCGAUUCAUUUGCUUACACUUAUGAAAAUGAAUAUGGAUCUUCAAUAGUAAUUACUGAAUCAACCAAAAUUGGAACUGAUUACAGAUCAACCGUCACUUUUACAAUAGUCGCUGUCACAAAAAACAUCACAGAAUAUUAUACAACGACUAUUUCCAAUUAUUAUUCAAAUUCAGAAUUGAAUAGCUUGCAAACUAUUCUUGAAAGUUUAUCGGCUGGAAGAGAAGAUGGGAAAACCAGAGUUAUUACAACUUCCAGAUACUCGUCUAGAUUCAAUCAAAUUGCUGGUGUUUAUGUUAUCCUUUUAGUAUCAAAUUCAAUAACUGCUUAUGAAACUACCGCCACAUUUGAGUUUAUAUCCACUAAUAUAGUUACAAUAACAAGUGAUGGUAUAGAAAAAAUCGUAACUGAGUUAAUAGGUAAGAAUGAAUUUUCAGAGACAAUCACAAUAACUGAAACUGAAGGAAUCAAUGCCGUAGAAGCAACUAAUGUGCCACUAACAUACCAUCCCGAUGAAUCGAAAAGUGACAAUGGAAGUAACUUAUCAAAUCCAACAACUGUUCAAUCUAUGGACGUUGUUUCAUUAUUAAACCAACAAAUUAAUACGGAUGGUGCAACAAAAACAAUAUUCACAAGUAUUUAUACAACCUCAGAUGGUUCGAAUGAUGUGUUGACCAAUCUUGACAUUUUCCAUAUCAUUACAGUUGAAGAAAACACCUAUACAAUGACAGAGUUUUUCUCAUUACUCACCACACUGUAUGUCCAUUCAAUAGAAAAUGAAAGUGACUCUGGAAAACAACAAUCGGUGGAUUAUGUCUUUGUUGAUAAUAACAACAACCACAUAACUAUCGCAUUAACAGAAGAUGUACCACAAGCAACUGGAUCAAUUGAAGGUCAAUUUGAUGAAUUUCCAUUGGUGACUUUUAGAGGUCAAUCAAAUAAAUUAGCACUUAAUCUACUAUGGCUAAGUUUUACUUUUAUAUUAAUUUUGUAAUUUGAAUAUAUGUGUGUUUAAUUUUUAUCUAUUCAUAAUUUAAUCAACGUGGAUCCACAAUUCUUGAUAUUAAUGAGGAACAACUGAUUUAAUAAAUCCGACAUGAAACCUAGCUUAUAUAAUCGUACAUUGAAAGGUGUCAAAAUGCAAAUGCAUAAAUUAAACACGAUGCAACAAUAAAAUUUGAAAUUAUUUAUCACUACUAAAUAAGAUGAGUUCAUCAAUUGAUAAAGUAGCUUUUGUUACUGGAGCUAAUGGUUUUAUUGCUCAAAACAUUUGAUUAAACAAUUAUUGAAAGAUGGAUUCAAGGUUAUUGGUACCGUUAGAGAAAAAUCAAAAGGUGAAUUUUUAAAAGAUGUUAUCAAUUCCGAUAAGUUUUUAUAUGAAAUUGUUCCUGAUAUAACUAUAGACGGUGCUUUUAAUGAAAUUUCAGGUAAACCUCAAGAUGUCACUAUAUUUUAUCAUAUGGCCCCGUCUGUUAUCCAUGUAGAUCCGAGUCAAGUAGAAGAUAAAAUCAUUAAGCCUGCAGUUGAAGGUACCAAAAACGCAUUGUUAGCUGCUAAAACUUCAGGUAAGAAUUCUUAA